UCUGAUUUAUCCACUGACGCGUUUUUAGCUGCGUUUAAGCGAUUUGUCAGUCGUAGAGGCCGAUGUCAACAUGUUUAUAGUGACAAUGGCACUAACUUUGUUGGAGCCAGAGCAGAACUUAACAGAUUGGCAUCACAAGCUGCUUCUCAUGAAUCUAUUCAAUGGCAUCUCAUUCCCCCUUCUUCUCCACACUUUGGAGGUUUAUGGGAAUCUAAUAUUAAGACGGUAAAGGGUCAUUUAAUUCGCACAAUUGGAGAACAAGUACUAACUUUUGAAGAGUUAUAUACUAUUUUUUCUCAAAUUGAGGCCAUCAUGAAUUCGAGGCCAAUAUGCCCGUUAAGUUCAGACCCAAACGAUCUUAGUGCGUUAACUCCAGGACAUUUUUUGACCAUGGAGCCUUUGAGUGCUUCGCCCGAAGAAACGUUGCUCGAUGUUCCGCACAAUCGGUUGAAUCGUUGGCAAUUAUUAAAUAAGUUGCACCAACAGAUUUGGGAACGGUGGUCUAAGGAGUACCUCCAAACUCUUCAUCAAAGGGCUAAAUGGAAUUCUCCGUCUCCAAACGUCCAACUAGGUACCUUAGUGGUAAUCCGCCAAAAUAAUAUUCCCCCGCUACAAUGGCCUUUGGGCCGUAUAAUUGAGGUUCAUCCUGGAUCUGAUGGUAUAGUUAGAGUGGCCACAGUGAAAACUAAUAGUGGUAUAUAUAAACGCUCUAUAGUAAAAUUAUGUCCUUUGCCUUUUGAGCCGUAACAAUACUGCGUAUUGUGGUGGGCGGUUGUGGUUCGUCCACAUAAGUAGGAAUAACAAUUUUUAAUUUUCUUGUUUUUGUAAAGAAUAUUUUAAUUCAUUUUCUUUUCAAUAUUAUGGGACACCCCGUAUAUACGAGUAGGCCAAUACCUAAUUCAGUGAGUAUGUAUUAAUUUUUAUCAUUAUUUUCAAGUAAAAACCUUAAAGUUUUUUGUAUGUAAUUACCUGCCUACUCGCCUCAUUUUAAAAAGACAAUUCGCCAACCAACUCUCUUGGUUCACAGUCACUUACAAUCAUUCCGAAAAGUGUAUAGAAACUCAAUAUAGUCCUCGCGAGUGAUUUAUACUUUAUACUACUCAGCAAUAGCAGUACGAAAAAUAGCAGGCCUGCUCCAGCUUUAAGCUGCGUUUAA